GCAGUUCAUUAUGUGUACACUGCACCUGUGCAUCAGAUUCUCCCUGUGGUUUUCGGUUGUACCCACCAAUAAUAAUUAUUGCCAAUCUUGUCUUGCUUCUUUGCUGCCAACUGAUGAAACAAUGAGAUGCUGGGUGAUGGCACAAAAAUCACAUUGCAAGCCAAGAACCACAUUGGCAUCACAUGACAACUCAAGAAAGAGGGAUUCUUGUUGUCCCCUUCGUCUGACCAACCUCUGGGUAUCCAUGCUGGUUUAUAAGAAGAGGGAGUCUGAGGAUGAAUCCCCAUCGGAUACACAUAUUUCCUCUGAUCAUCUUCAGCAGUCACACAACUUGAGUGAUCCCCCCUACUUUUGGCCAGGAGCAAAUAUGACAUCCCAGCCUUGCAAUCUCCGUUCCAUUAGCAUGCCUUCCAGACCUCACCCUGUGAUAUUUAGAGUUGAAGAAGAUCUGUGCAAGCUUAGGACUUUUGUAGCAACAUCUUCUCCUUCAUCGCCACAGAUGAUCUCCGAUGGGCUAAGAGAGCUUGCGGCUGUGUAUGAAUCUAUCAAGGAGGUUCUUCGCUUGCCAUGCAACCACUGUUCCUUGCAGAAGAAAUGGCUGGAAGAUGAAUUGGAUGGGUCCGUCAGAUUGCUGGACUUGUGCAGUGAUUUGAAAGAUGGCUUGGCUAUGAUCAAAGAGCACAUCAAAGACCUUCGGCUGGCGCUCCGAAGAAGAGAUGUUGCUGCAGCAGAAAGAACAGUGAAUGCUUACCUUCGUUUUACCAAGAAGGCAGACAAGGAUGUGAAGAACUGCUUCAGAUCAUUGAAGGUGGAGGGAAAAUGUGCGCACAAGGACUGUGGAAAACCAAUAGUGAGCAGGCUCUUGAUGGAACUGAAGGCGAUCACAUUGUCUCUCAUCCAUCUAGUGCCGUCUUUCUUGUCAUUGCAGGCAGGACGACCAAAGACAGGAAGGUGGUCGUUUGUCUCCAAGGCAUUGAGCAAGAAGCAAGUGGCAUGCGAGAGGGAGCAGGAGGAUGGAAAUGGAAUUGAAAGAUCAGAUUUGUUCUCACUGCAUGCUUCGCUGGAGUACAUAUCCUGCAAAGAUGUUGGUGACGGCAGGGUAGUAAAAUUCCACGAUCAAUUGCAAAUGCUAGAGGACAACACUAAAGAUCUUGAGAGUGGAAUAGAAAGUUUGUUCAAGCAGCUAAUUCAGAGCAGAGUCCAUCUUCUUAACAUCCUAAGCUCAUAAGUAGCUCAUGAAACCUUGUAUGCUAUGAUCAGCAUCCAGAUUUUAGGAGAUCUGCUGAUCAGUGUUAACAGUUUUGUACAGUAAUCUGUAUACUAUUAAAAUCCAAUACGAUCUUCUUGUUGUCUCAAGAAUUCACUCAGAUUUCUUAUUCAAGUCACUGCUUACACUGGAAAUCCUCAAGGCAUCGCAUUUACUUCUCUAUGACUGAAAUUAUAACUUCAAAAACUCUGAUAAAAAACAGUCCAAAGUCCAAACAUCCCAUUGCUUAAAUUUUAUGAUUGCCACACAUGUACUUAAAAGACACAUACAUGGAUUCUUUUACUAAUUUCUGGUUGUUGGUUAUUGCCUUAUUUUCUAGUUUGUAGUCACUAGGAUACUUGAUCAAGUGCCCUUGCUUUCUGGUUAUGGACUAUUGCCCUUUGCAAAUGUGUCUUGUAAUUAGUAUACAUGAUUAUUUUCCAUUUAAUCUUGACCUUGGCAUCAA